AUUUUUUGUUUUGCCCAUUUCUUGGUUAUUUUAGUCCCAUCUAAGAAAUGGUUUUAAGAUUGAAAGGAGUAUUAGAUUAAAUGAAUGGUUUCCUUUCCUGUUUUUCAAUUCACAUUUUUCAAAAUUUAGCAAGUUUUGCCAACGUGUAGCAGGAUUUCUGAUCAGUCAUCACUCCGUCCGUCGGAAGUAACAAAUGGAAGCAAACGAAAGAUUCAAAGAGAAAGCAGAAAAUGAGGAGGAGUUGGAAGAAGAGAUAUGGAGUUGGGGGGCAGGCACAGAGGGUCAGUUGGGAACGGGGAGGCUCUUAGACGAGCACCACCCUCAGUUUCUCCGUUCUCUCUCCUCAUUGGGCCCAGUCUCUCUUCUCGCUUGCGGCGGCGCUCAUGUCAUCGCUCUUAUCUCAGGUGGAAGAGUGGUGACAUGGGGUAGGGGUACAUCAGGGCAAUUAGGCCAUAGGGAAGCUGUUUCCAGUGUGCAGCCUAUGGUUGUGGAAGAUUUGGUAGCCUUUGAUAUUACAUAUAUUUCUGCUGGUUGGAAUCACUCCGGUUUUGUUUCAGAGAGCGGUCAACUCUUCAUGUGUGGAGAUGGUACGUUUGGGCAGCUUGGUCUUGGUGAUUAUAUAUCGCACUCUUCUCCUGUAGAAGUGCCAUUUUUUAACUCUAGACAUGUCAAGCAAAUUGCUUGUGGUAUGCGCCAUUCGAUCGCUUUGGUUGAAGGUAAUAUGGGAAGUCGUGUUUAUGGAUUUGGGUCUGGAAAACGUGGUCAGCUGGGUAUAUCUGAUGACAAAGUAAAAUCAGUAAGCGUUCCUCAUGUUACUUUGGGCUUGGAAAAUCUCAGAAUUAACAGCAUUAUUGCAAAUGGAGAGCAUAGUGGAGCUAUAUGUACUGAUGGACAUUUCUAUAGAUGGGGAAGAGGCUUCGGUGGGGGCCCAGAUAAUUAUAUGCCCAAACGUAUUACAGCAAGCCCAUCAUUCAGUAGUGCUUCUAUAGGGUGGAAUCAUGCUCUAUUGUUAACAGGUGAUGGACAAGUGUUCAUGAUGGGCAGCUAUAACUAUGGUGCUUCAAGUAGCCAAAAAACACAGUUGAUAGCGAAAACACUUAAAGAUGCAGGUAAUGAAGAAAUUGCACAGAAGGUUGAUGCUCUUGUUGGGGUAAAGGUUUUCCAAAUUUCAGCAGGAGCUGAGCACACGGCCUUGGUAACAGAUGAUGGAUCAGUGAUGACGUGGGGAUGGGGGGAACAUGGUCAACUUGGCUUGGGAGAUGCAAAUGAUCAAGCUAGUCCUCAAGUGGUGAGUACAAGUAAUAAUAUGUAUAAGCAUGUUAAAAAGCCAUUUGUUGUUAAUGUUUACUGUGGCAGUGGUUUCACCUUUGUCAUUAAGAGGCAUAUGCUUGAAAGUGUUGGUCAAUUAUCGGAUAAAUGUUGAACGCGGUAGCUACAUCUCUAGCCUUAUAUCAUUGUGUGAGAGUUUUACAUCGUAUGUUUUUUUUGCCUCAAACUCUUUUAGUGAUAUAUUUAUUGGUCACAUAAAGACGAC